UCGCCCGCCCUCCCGCCCUUGGUCCCGUAUACUUCGUUCUCUCACUGCUCUUCCUCUCCCUUUACGGAGUUAGCACAUCGUCCAAUAUAAGAGUGUUUAGAGAGUGUGUACCUUUCUCCCGUGUGGGCAAGAGGCAAGGAGGAAAACGAGGGAGAGGGAGAGGGAGAGCACCUUGUUUCUCUUCUUAUAGCCAUCCACAUCUAUAAAUACCCAACAAGCCUUGGAUCGUCGGAGCGAAGUGAAAGGGUGCGGCCGGAAAAACCAGUAAAUGGGGUCUUUGCUCGGGGACUGGCCCUCCUACGAUCCUCACAACUUCAGCCAACUCCGACCCGCCGAUCCUUCCGCCCAGCCUUCCAAACUCACUCCUGUCACAUAUCAUCCUACUCAUAACAGGACUCUUCCACCACCCGAUCAAGUAAUAUCAACUGAAGCCAGAAAUAUCCUUUUGAGACAAUUGUAUCAGAAGUCUGAAGAGAAGUUGAGACCAAAAAGAGCUGCAUCAGAUCUUCUGACUCCUGAUCAUGGCUACAAGCAGCCUAGAGGCGCCUUUGCAGAUUGUUCCUACUAAGUUUCAUCACAUAGUCUAGGUUCUUUCAUAUGUCUGGUGUGCCUACUCCUACCUUGCUGUCUUCAUCAUAUCAUCAUAUGGUCUAGGUUCUUUCAUAUGUCCGGUGUGCCUACUGCUACCUUGCUAUCUUCAUCAUAUAGCAGUCUUGCUCCUCAUUAUUGGGGUUGUGUUGCUUGCUCUCUAAUGGAUGCUGCAUGUUUUGCAGGCAUAUGGUGUAUGUGAAUAGUUAUAAUUUCUGAAUAAAUAAACAGGGAAAUAGAUUUCCCAUUUGUUA